AAAAAACAAAACAAAAGCAAUCAGCAACAACAAAGAAACAGUACCCCAUCAACCCUUCACAAAAGCGGAAAAGAAGAAACAAGAUCCACCUCGAACCUCUCUCCUCACCUAUCCAUCCCCUCACCUCCCUCCCUCCCUCCCUCAACCUCACAACAAUUCAAUCCAAUUCCAAAUCCGAAUCCAUCCUACCAAAUAGCUGUCUUUCUUUUUUCUUUGGGCUUUUUAAGUGGUUAAUUAUUCAUUCUCAAAUCUGAGCUGAGCUGUGGGAUGAUGAGUGUGUGAGGAGGAAAUUAGGAGAGCAAAAUAGUGGGAAUUGGGUUGGUGGGUAAGCAGCUGAGUGUUGUAGAAGAGUUUGUAGGAGUGAGGAGGAGGAGGAGGAGGAGGAGAGAGAGAGAGAUCAAAAGAAAACAAUAAUGAGGGAAGAUGAGUCCAAUUGGUUCUCCAGGUGGGAAGAAGAGCUUCCUUCACCUGAGGAGCUCAUGCCCUUAUCCCAAACCCUAAUCACUCCUGAUCUUGCCUUGGCCUUUGACAUCAGAAACAACAACCCCAACAACCCAAGUAGCCCCCAAAACCAACAACCCCCACAACCUCCUCAGCCACCACAUACCCCUCCACCUCCUCCUCCUUCCUCCUUGCCUCCCGCCACCCCGACCCACCCCAACUCCUCUGCCGAAUUCGCCGAUUCUGCCGACCUGGGGUCUGGUGCGGGCGGGGAAGAGCCCGCCCGCACCCUCAAGCGGCCCCGUCUCGUGUGGACCCCGCAGCUCCACAAGCGCUUUGUGGACGCCGUGGCACACUUGGGGAUCAAGAACGCCGUCCCCAAGACCAUAAUGCAGCUCAUGAGUGUGGACGGCCUCACCCGGGAGAAUGUUGCCAGCCAUUUGCAGAAGUACCGUCUCUAUCUCAAGCGUAUGCAGGGCUUGUCCGGCGGAGGCAGCGGAGGUGGCGGAGGCGGAGGCGGAGGAUUGGCAGCCUCCGCGGACCCCGCCACCGAUCAUUUGUUUGCAAGCUCGCCGGUUCCGGCUCAUUUCCUGCACCCGCAUCCCGGGGGAAGGCCCAAUUCGGAGCAUUUCAUGCCCUUUGUGCCGGUGGCUCUGCAGCAGCACCAUCACCAGCAGCAGCAGCAGCAGCAGAUGGCUGCGGCUGCGGCAGCGGCGGUGGCAGCCCAUCCCCAGUAUCACAGGCAGGUGGGGCAUUUUGGGUCCCCACCAAAUGGCCAAUUUGAGCAUCCAUUCUUGGCAAGGCAGUCGUCACAGCCAGUUCAUAGGAUGGGGGCGCCACUGCAUAAUCCAGUGCCAGGAAGCUAUGUAGAGGACUUGGAAUCAGCUAAUGCAACUGGUGGCAGGAAAGUUCUUACUCUGUUUCCAACUGGGGAGGAUUGAAUUUGGAAGUAAAGCAGAUGCAUAAUCUCAAAAAGAAAGUCAAAAGA